AUGGGAUCAUCUGUGUCCAAAUCUGCCCUUGGGGCGACCACCAAUGAGCCCAAAGAACCAAAGCCAGAACACCUAGCGGAUCUAAUACAGUACAUAAAUGAAACAAAUAAGAGUGUUAAACACCUGGUCAAUCUUCUUUUUGAGAAAACUGGGAGCGGAAGCUGGGUGGUGGUGUUCAAAGCGCUGGUUACUGUGCAUCACCUUAUGGUUCAUGGAAAUGAGCGUUUUAUCCAACAUCUUGCAUCUAGAAACUCUUUGUUCACUUUACACAACUUCCUGGAUAAAAGUGUCAUAGAAGGCUAUGCUAUGUCAACUUUCAUCAGACGAUAUAGCAGGUACUUGAAUGAGAAGUCACUCGCAUAUAGAAUGAUAGCAUCUGACAUCACCAAAAUCAAAAGAGGGCUGGAUGGUAUGAUGAGAACUAUGAAUACUAAAGAGCUGUUAAACACACUUCGAGUUAUUCAAAUUCAGUUCGAUGCUCUUCUUAGUUUUAAUGCAAAUCCUGAGGAACUCAAUAAUGAUAUAGCACGUGCUGCUUUCAUGCUCCUCUUUAAGGAUUCUCUUCGCCUCUUUGCAGCCUAUAAUGAGGGCAUCCUAAAUCUGCUAGAUAAGUACUUUGACAUGACGAAGAACCAGUGCAAGGAAAGUUUGGAUAUUUACAUCAAGUUUCUUGGAAGAACAACCAAAUUGGCACAAUUCCUGAAAGUUGCACAGCAAGUUGGAAUUGACCAGAACCACAUUCCUAAUCUUAUUCAGCUCCCUACCAUCUAG